ACCGACGUAAAGAUGGCAGCGUCAUCUCAGGCGAGCCGUGGUCUUACGGCCCUUUUCAAACGCGGGUGGAACGAAAUCCCAGAAGUGGUCGGUUCGUCAGUGAUAGCACUAAUUGGAAUCGGUCUGAGCGUGGUCGGAUUGACCAACUACUAUCGCAAAGACGCCGAUAACCGCCGUUACAAGCUCACGUACGUUGUGAUGCGUCCGGACGAUCCCCGAGCGGCGCGCAUUCGCCAGGAUUAG